AGGGUCCGGUUUCAGGAUGGGAAGCGCUUUUCUCCCCGCUGUGUAACUCCAGCCCCAGAGAACGUCGUCCUAAAAAUAAGAAUAACGUUUUUAAAAGUUGUUGAGCUCCGUUUUUCAGACUUACGUUAACGCGAAAUAUUUUAUUUUAUUAUAUUUUAUUCUUUUUUCCAUGGCUGCGGGGUCAUGCUCGCCCUGCCUGCGGACUCUGCUGCUCUGGGUCUCUGCUCGGCGAGCUCGGUGUGGAAGGUCGGUCUAGAGGAGGUCCGGAAAGCCCAGAAACAGCUCUCAGCUCCGGGGCAUCCAGACAGGCAGCGGCACCGUUUACCCAUCCGGCUGAUCAGCAUGCUGACUGCCCGGGGGCACGUGGGGGGGCAGCACCCGGACUACCUGCACCCCCUGUCCUCCACUCCCACCAGCCCUAUAGAGCUGGACGCCAAAAAGAGCCCACUGGCCCUUCUGGCGCAGACCUGUUCUCAGAUCGGGAAGCCGGACCCUCCGUCCUCGUCUAAGCUCCAGAACCAGUCCAAGGAGUCCAAAUCUACACCGCUGAAGAUCAGCGACAUCGGGGCCGAAGACAAAUCCAGUUUUAAGCCCUACUCAAAAUCACCAGAGAAGAGAGGUUCGCCUUCAAGUGGAGAGAAAUGUGGUUUUCGGGUGCCGAGCGCCCCCUGCAGGCCGUUUACUCCAGGGACAAGCAGCCCAAGCUUGUGCAACCCUUCAUCCCCUCAAGCGACGGACUCUAAAGCAGGAGAUAAAGAGGAGAAAAAGGAGGUGGAGGGUAAUAAACCCUCUCCCUGCGAGGGGUCUGGGACAGUGAGCUUGAGCAGCAGUUCAGAGGUGAACGGUGAGGCGAGCCAACAGCAGGAAACACCCAAACCUGCCACGUCCGACGCCACCGCUGUUUCUUCGCCACCAUCCACUCUUGGAUCAGGGCUCGUGGCCCCGGUUUCACCCUACCGGCCGGGCCAUACCGUUUUCCCUCUGGCCCAGGCUGGAGUAUCGUACCCCGGGGGCUUGGCCGGGGCAUAUGCUAGCUACCCUCCGCACUUCUUGUCCCAUGGAGUGACCUUGGACCCAACCAAGCCUAGCAGUCAGUUGAUGAGCGCACAUCUGGCUGCCGCCAGCUCUCUAAGCAGCAAGACCGGGACGAGUCCACUGGCUGGAGCUUCUCCACCAUCCAUCAUCUCGGCCGGUCUGUGCCGAGACCCGUAUUGCUUUAGCUAUCACUGCGCGAGCCAUCUGCCGGGUGCUGCAAGCGCUGGCGGCUCCCACGACUCCACUGCUGCUCUGAAAUACCCUCUGCUUUAUCCCUCUCAUCCACUACACGGCAUCCCUUCUUCCGCCGCCGUACCCGGUCACCCGCUAUACCCGUACAGCUUUAUGCUCCCCAACGACCCUCAGCCACACGUCUGUAACUGGGUUUCGGCGAACGGACCCUGCGACAAGCGCUUCUCCUCGUCGGAGGAGCUGCUGAGCCACCUGCGGACUCACACCGCUUUCCUCGGCAUGGAAAAAUCGUUAGCGGGAUAUCCAGGGUCCCCCUCGUUAGCUGCCGCCAUGGCCUGUCAUAUGCACAUACCCCCGACAGGGGGUCCAGCGGGGGCGUUGGCACUCAGGACCCCACAUCACGCGCUGGGACUUGGCCGCUAUCAUCCUUAUUCCAAAAGCCCCCUUCCAGCUCCUGGAGCCACGGGGCCUUAUUAUGCCCCCUAUGGACUGUACGGACAAAGACUGACCACGGCGCCUGGCCUGAGCUACCAGUAAACACUCAGAUUUCUUUUCUAUGCUGCGCUGUCCAUCUCAGGACCGGAUCUAAGUUAUUUACAUUAGCUCAAAGUGAGAAAAUGAGGAAAAGGAGAAAAAUGGCUUUUCAGACGGGCUCCAAGUGCUUUAUAUGAAUGAAACGUAAAGUGAUCAACAGGGACUGGUGUAGGUUUGGACCCAGACGCCUCCUGGCCUACAGUCCCUGUGAAAAUUCAUCUUCAGAAAUUAAAACAAACAAACAAAC